AUAAAUAGUUAGCGCCUUCAUUCGAUCCAACAGAAGCGACUUAAACGCUCGUGGAGUAACAUCAUGAAAUUCCUGGUUAUUGCCUUUGCCGUUCUGGCCUGCGCCUAUGGCGAUGUCUCCCAUUUGGGUUAUGAUUACUCGCCCCCAGCACCGGCUCCGGUUUACCACCCAGCCCCUGCUCCCAUCAGCAUCCCAGCUCCAGCACCAGCUCCAGUCUACCAUCCGGCUCCGGCUCCAGCUCCCGUGGUGAUCUCUGCCCCUGCUCCUGCUCCCGUGAGGACUUAUGUGCCCCCAGCACCCAUCAGCAUCCCGGCUCCAGCUCCGGUCCAUCAUGAGGUUCAUGUUCCAGCUCCGGUUCAUCAUGAGGUUCAUGUUCCAGCUCCCGUCUACCAUGAGGCUCCUGCCCCAGCUCCGGUCUACCACCCAGCUCCUGCCCCAGCUCCGGUCUACCACCCAGCUCCUGCUCCCGCUCCAGUUGUGAUCCCUGCCCCUGCACCCGCUCCAGUUGUGAUCCCCGCACCUGCACCCGCUCCAGUUGUGAUCCCUGCCCCUGCUCCCGUGAACACCUACAUUCCCCCAGCACCAGCACCAGCUCCAGUCUACCACCCAGCCCCGGCUCCGGUUCACCAUGAGGCUCCCGCUCCCGUCUACCACCCAGCUCCUCCAGCUCCCGUCUACCAUGAAGCUCCUGCUCCCAUUCCCGUGAGCAUCCCAGCUCCUGCUCCCGUCUACCACCCAGCUCCUGCCCCAGCUCCCGUGGUGAUCCCAGCUCCGGCUCCCGUGAGGACCUAUGUGCCACCUGCACCAAUCAGCAUCCCAGCCCCAGCUCCCGUCCAUCAUGAGGUUCAUGCUCCAGCUCCUGUCUACCACCCAGCUCCGGCACCAGCUCCAGUCUACCACCCAGCUCCUGCUCCCAUCAGCAUCCCAGCUUCCAACCACCAGGUUCUGGAGGAGAUCGAGCCCGUGUCCAACGAUGGUUACCGCUACAAGACCGUGCGCCGUCGCGUCUACCGUCACCGCUUCUAA